AUGUUUUCACGAUUCGCUAGAAAGGCUCUACCAUGGAACGUCAUUCGGAGGCGACUCCUCUCUACGACCCCGUCUAGGAGGUCGGAUGCGCUUUUCGUGCAUCGGGAUACCCCUUAUAACAACCCUAAGGUUGCGUUCGAGUUCAAUGUGGACAACAUGAAGCGCGCCAAAGAAAUCAUCUCUCAUUACCCGCCUCAAUACAAGAAAGCUGCCGUUAUUCCCCUCCUCGACCUCGGACAACGACAGAACAAAGGUUGGACAAGUAUCAGUGUCAUGAACUACGUCGCGAACCUUCUGGAAAUGCCACCCAUGCGUGUUUAUGAGGUGGCGACUUUCUAUACCAUGUUCAAUCGAGAACCUAUCGGCGAGCACUUCGUUCAGGUGUGCACGACAACUCCAUGUAUGCUGCGCGGAUCGACAGACAUCUUGAACGCGGCUUGUGAGCACCUCGGAGCAAUCAAGCCUGGACAGACAACCAAGGAUGGCAAAUUCACUGUUAUCGAGGUUGAAUGUCAGGGAGCUUGCAGUAAUGCUCCAAUGAUGGUUGUGGGCGAUGACUUCUACGAGGAUCUGACACCUGAGAGCACGAAGAGGAUACUCGAUGGCUUCAAAAAGGGAAAGAAGCCAAAACCUGGGCCUCAGAGCAGCAGACAGACAAGUGAGAACUCUGCAGGGCUUACUGCUUUAACAUCCGAGCCAUAUGGGCCCGGCGAGUUCUGCCAACCAGAUUUCCAGUAG